CUAGCCGCAAUGCUCACAGGCGAUGGUGGCUGCUGGCCACUCUCUAUGCUGGCAGUAUGGCUUUCUGCCAGGCUCAGCUCAAAGUGGCAGCAGGGCUGCGAGCCUCAGCGCCUGCGCAGGCCAAGGAUGAGCACGAGUCCCGACGAGGGGUACUGCAAGUGGGUGCCAUGCUUUUGGGCGGCAGUCAGCCCAGCUGGGCGAGCCUUGAUGGCGUGCCUGAUGUUGGAGAUCUAUACGCUGGCAGGAAACGCUAUGCUCCGAAGAUCGUUGAUGGCUACAAGUCCCUCAAGGCCAGUGGUGCGGUGGAGGACGACUGGCUUUCCAAUUUACCCAAGAUGAGAAAGGCGAUGGACAAAUGGGGCGCCUUGCAAAGGCAAGAUGUUGUCCCGGAUAAGAUUAGCAGAACACUCCUCAAGGAUUCUGCGGCGUUUGAGAAAGCAGCAAAGACAAAGGAUUUCAGCAGCACGAUGAAGGCAUUCCAGGCUUACCUGGAAGACUUGCCAACUGCUGGACCAGGAGGAAGUGGAAAGCUGAACUUAUCCGAUCCGCUGGCGCCACCCUGAGCGAACCGAACGCACCGCAGUUUCGUGCGCGGUUCGAAA